UGCAACAUCUUCAAUCAUUUUCGUUGACAUUUUAUUAUUUUUGAUAAUCUUGUUUUACACAAAUUUGGAUAUUCUUACAAUGCCAUUGUAUCAUCACAAUUGAAUAAAUGGCAUUAAUUCAGUUGUGUUGUAUUGAGCAUAGAUGGAGUCAACUUUUAAACAUAUGUUUUGAAUAGGAAAAGUUGUUUUUGUCUCAUUCACUUUGUGUUUAUUGUAUUUUGUUUUUUUUUAUAUUUGUGAUUCGCUUUAAGUAACAUCAUGGAGAAAAAAUCGAAAGAUCAAGAACAAAACGUUGAUGAGCUUGCUCGUCCUGCUCGUGGGUUUCAAGAUCUACGAGAAGCGCGAGAUCCACGAUAUUAUCCUGGAGCACCACCGAUUCCGAACAUUGGACGAGCUGAUCUUGAUCCAUUUGCUGAUGGGAUCGGAGGUGGAAUGCUUUUUGAUCCUUAUGAUCAACGUCACUUUGUUAACCCUCAAAGACCUAAUCAACCCCCUAACUUUAUGCCGUCACCUUCUGGUAUGAUUCCUCGGCCGCCCCCAGGUGCCCGUUUUGACCCAUUUGGCCCUGGAGGCACUCCUGGACGCCCUUUAGGUCCUUUAGGUCCUUCAGGCCCUAGACCAGGACCUGAUUCUUCCAUAGGACGUGGACCUGACUUUGAUCAUAUGAGAUCUUUUAGAUAUGAUGGCUCACCCAUGUAAAGUUGAUUUAAUUUUUGAAACGCAUUUGUUCCGAUUCUUCUUUGAAGAUCAAUAAUCUCAUUUUGGUGUUAUAGUAAAGUACCGGAUAAUGUUAUUAACUUGUGAGUAAUUAAUCGAAAUACCUAACAAAAUCUAAAUUAAGGUGACUUCUAUCAAAUCUCAAUUCAUCGAAUCUAAUUUUUUAAAUUGAAAGAAUCAUGGAAAGAAGAUAAGAAGGUGUGAUGUCACACCAAGCCAUAAAUAACAACACAUUGAGAUUUUGAAUCGCAAUAAAUGGCUGAUGGAAGUAACCUUUAAUUGCCAGAAAAGCUUAAAAAUUAACACUAUCAAGUUCGAUUAAUAAUUAAGUUGAAAUUUGCCAAAGUAUUCUAUUUUCUCAAUAAUAUCUUGAUAAUUUCAACCAAAACUUUCUCUAUAAGACAUGGAAUCAAAGGGUUGAGGGCCAUUGGUUGAUUUAUUGACAUUAUCUGGUAUUUUGCUGUAUCCACUAAUCUGCAUAAUUAUCUUUCUUAACUAUAAAUGUACAUUCUAUUGUAUCAAAAAUUGAAACCAAUUUGAUAAUAAAUAAUAAAUGUAAUAUUAA